AUGGGGUAUGGGAUAUGGGGUAUGGGGCAUGGGGUAUGGGAUAUGGGGUAUGGGGCAUGGGGUAUGGGAUAUGGGGUAUGGGAUAUGGGGUAUGGGAUAUGGGGUAUGGGAUAUGGGGUAUGGGAUAUGGCGUAUGGGAUAUGGGGUAUGGGGCAUGGGGUAUGGGAUAUGGGGUAUGGGGUAUGGGGUAUGAGAUAUGGGGUAUGGGAUAUGGGGUAUGGGAUAUGGGGUAUGGGGCAUGGGGUAUGGGGCAUGGGGUAUGGGGUAUGGGGUAUGGGAUAUGGGGUAUGGGAUAUGGGGUAUGGGAUAUGGGGUAUGGGGCAUGGGGUAUGGGAAAUGGGGUAUGGGGUAUGGGGUAUGGGGCAUGGGGUAUGGGAUAUGGGGUAUGGGAUAUGGGGUAUGGGGCAUGGGGUACGGGAUAUGGGGUAUGGGGUAUGGGGUAUGGGAUAUGGGGUAUGUGAUAUGGGGUAUGGGAUAUGGGGUAUGGGAUAUGAGGUAUGGGGCGUAGGGUAUGGGAUAUGGGGUAUGGGGUAUGGGGUAUGGGGUAUGGGGCAUGGGGUAUGGGAUAUGGGGUAUGGGAUAUGGGGUAUGGGGCAUGGGGUAUGGGAUAUGGGGUAUGGGAUAUGGGGUAUGGGGCAUGGGGUAUGGGAUAUGGGGUAUGGGAUAUGGGAGGCAUGGGGCAUAGCGGCAGCAUGUGACCUGCACUAA